UGGGAUUCAGUCCGAAUGGAAACGCGCGCGCAAAAUUCAAACUAGAAUUUCACUCAACGAAGGCGGUUGUGCCGCGGAAAAACGGAAAAGUCGUAGCUGGAAAAUACAACAGCGAUCUGAACAUAGUGCUAGUGCGAUUUUGAGUGCUAGAGCGAGUGCGGGAACCGCUCAUUAAACCCCGAAUGGGUGCACAAUAAAAAGUUUUUCAGACCCGGCCAUUGAAAAGUGAGUGUGUGUGCGCGUGUGUUUAUUAUAUUCCCGCUGCCAUUGUCAUCGGAACUGGAGCUCUUGGCACAGAGAGUGCCAGAGUUGCUUAAAUGCCCAUCUAAGUGGCAGGCGUUUAAUCAAGUCAAGUCCCAGUCGCCGAAGCCAGCCACCAUCUCCAUCUUCGAAGCCGUCGGUGUCACAAAAGAGUCGAGGAAGGGCGAAAAGCUACUCCUAGCUUCCUUACAUACCGGGCCAGGGCACCCCGGGCACAUUCACGAAAUUCCCAGUGAAAACAUAGACAUAAAUUAACAACUAAUUCAAUUAACUGCCGACAACGUCAACGAGCGGCUGCAGCGGGAAAAGCCCUGCCAGAGGACCUGUGUGCGGGAAGUGCGGCUUCGAGCCGGGUGCCGAGCACUGCAACGCCGCAGGAUAUGCGGCCGGCUGCCUAGGAGGAAUUCCUUGUGCGAGCCUCCUACUUCACGCGGAAACAGCUUCAGUUGCAGUUGCUGCAGAGGCACUUCCAGAGGCAGCCAUGAGCGAGCAGAUUGGCACCACCAAUGGGAGUAGUUCCAGCACCACGGGCCACACGGCCUCUACUGCCAUCGCCGAAAGUGCAGCGGAGAGCGGUCCGGACUUUGACGCCCUGCGAGUUGCCUGCGAAACGCGGCUAAAUGGUAGCGGUCAUCUUUCGGGCAGCGGUGGACCCCGCUGCGCCGGCACCUUUGAUGGCUGGCUUUGUUGGCCGGAUACGGCCGCCGGCACUUCCGCCUACGAACUCUGCCCGGACUUCAUCACGGGUUUCGAUCCAACAAGAUAUGCGCAUAAGGAGUGCGGACUCGAUGGCGAGUGGUUCAAGCAUCCGCUGACCAAUAAAACAUGGUCCAACUACACCACCUGCGUGAAUCUCGACGACCUUGAGUGGAAGCACAAUGUAAACCUGAUCUACGAGAUUGGCUACGGCAUCUCGCUGCUGGCCAUCCUGCUCUCGUUGGCCAUAUUGGGUUAUUUCAAGUCCCUGAAGUGCGCCCGCAUCACGCUCCACAUGAAUCUGUUUGCCUCGUUUGCCGCCAACAACUCCCUGUGGCUAAUAUGGUAUCUGCUGGUCAUGCCCAACACGGAGCUGCUGCAGCACAGUCCGGUCCGCUGCGUGGCGCUACACAUCAAGCUGCACUACUUCCUGCUGUCGAACUACUCGUGGAUGCUGUGCGAAGGAUUCUACCUGCACACGGUCCUGGUGGCGGCUUUCAUUUCGGAAAAGCGCCUGGUCAAAUGGCUGAUCGCCUUCGGCUGGGGCUCGCCGGCUCUCGUCAUAUUUGUGUACAGCCUGGCCCGCGGUUUGGGCGGCACGCCCGACGAGAAUAUGCACUGCUGGAUGAACUCCACCGACUAUGAUAAUAUCCUCGUGGUACCUGUCUGUAUCUCCAUGUUCCUCAACCUCCUGUUCCUGUGCAAUAUUGUGCGUGUGGUCCUGCUGAAGCUAAAUGCUCCGGCCAGCAUCCAGGGCAGCUGCGGACCAUCCCGAACAGUCCUGCAGGCAUUUCGGGCCACGCUGCUGCUGGUUCCCCUGCUUGGCCUCCAGUACAUCGUUACGCCGUUUCGCCCGGCGCCCGGACAUCCCUGGGAGAAUACAUACGAAAUCAUCUCGGCGUUUACGGCCUCGUUCCAAGGUCUGUGCGUGGCCACUUUGUUCUGUUUCUUCAACGGCGAGGUGAUUGCCCAAGUGAAGCGCAAGUGGCGGAUGAUGUGCUUCAGCAACCGGCCGCGGACAAACUCCUACACAGCCACUCAGGUCUCGUUCGUGCGCUGCGGACCGCCACUGCCAGGAGAGGAGAAGGUAUGACUAAAGGAUAUGUCGGCCAAGCGACGAGCCUCCUCCGGCCCCCAUCAUCACCACCACCAGCAGAACCCGGAUCACCAGCCCUCAGAUCAGCAUCGAGCCCGCAGCCAGAGCCUGGCCAGUUCGUCGACCUUCCUCGAAGGCUGGCGCAAUCGGAUGCCGUUCCUAAAGCACCGCCAAACCAUCGACAACUCCCGCCAGUGCCAGCCGCUGAUGGAGGAGCGCGAACUGACACUGGCACCAGCCAAAUCCGAGGUGGGUGUGGCCGAUAGGCCGACAUUGAUGACAACCAUAGCAGAGGAUGUGGCCGAAGCGGUGGCAGCUGGGACAUCACAGGAACCGGCAGCUGGGGACACUGCGGAUUCACGGACGACCGGCGAUGGCCAACAGCCCAAUACCAAUCCCAGUCUCAGUUCCAAUGGCAUGGGCACAGUCAUCGUGCGAAUGGAGGGGGCUGGCCAACAGCACAUGGCCGAUGAGGCGCUCUAGGUUAAAACCCUGCGAGUCACACAACAUCUCAUAGUUUAAGCCGCUGAAAUACCAAAACCAAAACAGGUCAAAAACCCGAGCCCCACCAAUAUUAGCAGCAGACCCUUAGAACCCAGGAUGUUCCUGAAGUAAAUGGAGGUUUCAAAGUCAUAAUUCGGGUGCCCUAAAGUAUGUUAUGUUCUUUUUACUACUUUUCUUGUAAAAGAUUUUUAAUAGUUUUUUAGGGUAUAUUUAAUUUUUCCCCUUCAAUAUUUUAUGGCAUACUCGCAGCCACCCAAAGUAUAGCUCUUACAACUUCCACAUACUUUAAUGACGCCCUCAGAAAAUUCCUGGGCCAGCUGGCGGCUAAAAUGAAAUUCGCUGCAUUCUGCAGCCGGCUAAAUGUUAAGUUUUCAUAGUAUAUUCCUCAGUUUUUCUUGGUUUCCUCAGAAUGCAAAAUGCGAAAUGAAUUUCAGCCUCCGGCCGGUGAAUGCAAACAUAUUUAUUGUACCUUUGAAUGUAAGAAUUUACUUGGAUAUCAAAUAUCAUUGUUGUUUUAAGUGUUAAGUGUAUCCUAGGACAGACCCAGACGCAGCACGCUCCCCUUCCCCGCAUAUAUAUAUCCCUCUCUCUCUGUGGUAAGCUGAGCUUUCUGGCAAUCGCUUUUAGUGUGUCUAUGAAUGUACGCAGAUGUAAUAAAAUUUUAAUUAUA